UCUGGGACACAGAGAUGCGCCCCCUGCUGGUCCUGGCCCUGCUUGGCUCUGUGCUCUGGCUGCCCCGUCCUGUAGAGGGCUUGCGGUUCCGGGUGGGCGUGGUCGGACCGUGGGGCUGUGACCCGCUGUUCGGCAAAGCUCUACCUCAUGUGGCCGCCCAGCUCGCCAUCAACCGCAUCAACAAAGACUCCGCCCUCUCCUUCGCACACACCUUUGAGUUCACCGUCCUGCAGGAGCCGUGUGAAUCUUCUCGAGGUCUGCAGGAGUUUCUGUCGUUUCACACUAAAGCGUCGGCGUUCGUUGGACCCGUCAACCCCGGGUUCUGCGACGCCGCCUCCAUGAUCAGCAAAGGAUGGAACAAGGCGCUGUUCCCGUGGGGCUGCGUGGGGGAGGACCUGGACGACCCCCGGAGCCACCCCACCUUCGCCCGCUCCAUGCCCCGCCCGACGUGGGUGCUCCUGAGGGUGCUGUCCUACUUCAGAUGGGCCCACGUCGCCAUAUUGUCCUCGUCUGAAGACGUCUGGAUCGAGACCGCCACAAAGGCUGCAGACUCCCUGAGGGGCCAUGGUCUCCCCGUCAGACUGGUCAGUUUUAUGGAGAACACGCCUCACAGCAUCAGGAGAACUCUGGGAAAAUUAAGGAAGAGGAGCGAGAUCCGAGUGGUGCUCCUCUGCAUGCACUCGGCUCUUCUCGGCGGUGACCUCCAGCGGCGCGUUCUGGAAACGGCCUACGACCUCCAGAUGAUCGACGGCUCCGUGGUCUUCAUUCCCUACGACACUUUACUGUACAGCCUGCCGUACCAGAACGUCUCCUACCCGGCGCUGAAGAAAAACGCCAAACUCAUGCGGGCCUAUGACGCCGUGCUCACCAUCACCAUAGACUCGCCUCAUCAGUCCUUUUACCAAGCCUACAGCGUCGCCAUGGAGACGGGGGAGGUGGCCAAGACGCUCGCUCCGCACCAGGUGUCCCCUCUCUUCGGGACCAUCUACACCUCCGUGCUGCUGGUGGCCCACGCACUGCACAAACUCAGGGCUAAAGGACAGUGGAUGUCCGGGGGGAACCUGGCCCAGCAAACGGCCAACCUGCACUUUCAGGGCUUCAGUUUCCCCAUUAAAACCGAUGCCUCCGGAUCUGCUCUGACCGACUUCCUCAUCCUGGACUCGGACGGAGAGACCUGGGAGCUGCGGCCCACUCACAGGAUCGACCUGGAGGUCGGUUUGGUGCGUUUCCUGGGGUCAGAGAUCCACUUCCCUGGAGGCUGGGGACCACGAAAGGACGCGCCCUGCUGGUUCACCCCAGGAAUGCUGUGCUCUGGAGGUGUGGAUAUGUUUUCCACUCUGAUCGUGUUUCUUUGGGCUGUGGUGUCUUUUAUCUCGAUGAUGGUUCUGACCUACGGUUUGCGGCGGCGUGUUGUCCAGUUCCGAAUGGUUCGUGGUCGAGACAAAAUCCGCCUGACUUUGGAUGACGUCACUUUUAUUAACCCUUCACUGAGCAACAAAAAGUUGAGCCGUGACGAGAGCAAAGCCAGUGGCAUAAAGAGUGUUUCUAUUCUGAGCCACUCAGUAGAGUCAGCCCAGUCCCCAGCCACCUACGAGAACUCCAACGUGGUCAUUUUUGAGGGCGACUGGGCGUGGCUCAAGAGGCUUCCUGACGGCGCGUUCAAUCGCAUAAACCAGAAAACCAGUGAUGUGUUUGAACUGAUGAAGGACAUGCGUCAUGAGAACGUGAACCUGUUCCUCGGGUUCUUUCACGACUGUGGCGUCUUUGCCAUCGUCACAGAGUUCUGCUCCAGAGGGAGUCUGGAGGACCUGCUGCUCAACCAAGAUGUCAAACUGGACUGGAUGUUCAAGUCCUCCCUGCUCCUGGACCUCAUCAAGGGCAUGAAGUACCUGCACCACAGGGGGGUGGUCCACACACGGCUCAAGUCCAGGAACUGUGUGGUGGACGGGCGCUUCGUUCUGAAGGUCACAGACUUUGGAUACAACGAGGUCCUGGAGGCUCAGAAGUUUCCCUACAGCGAAGACAAUGUGGACGACUUGUUGUGGACGGCUCCUGAGAUCCUUCGUUCUUCUCAGCCUUGUCUUCAUGGGACUCAGUCUGGAGACGUGUUCAGUUUUGCGAUCAUCAUGCAGGAGGUGGUGGUCCGGGGCGCCCCCUACUGUAUGUUAGACCUGUCCUCCGCAGAGAUCGUGGAGAAGCUGCGGCGGCCCCCUCCUCUCUGUCGCCCCCUGGUGAGCCCCGACUACGCGCCCAUGGAGUGUAUCCAGCUCAUGAAGCAGUGCUGGACCGAGCAGCCGGACAAGAGACCCGACUUCGAGAAUAUCUUCGACCAGUUUAAGAACAUAAACAAAGGGAAGAAGACAAACAUCAUUGACUCCAUGCUGCGGAUGCUGGAGCAGUACUCGUCCAACCUGGAGGAGCUGAUCCGAGAGCGAACGGAGGAGCUGGAGAUCGAGAAGCAGAAGACUGAGAAGCUCCUGACGCAGAUGCUGCCUCCGUCUGUGGCGGAGGCUCUGAAGGUCGGAGGCACCGUAGUCCCAGAGUACUUCGAUAACGUGUCCCUGUACUUCAGCGACAUCGUGGGCUUCACCACCAUCUCAGCCAACAGCGAGCCCAUCGAGGUGGUCGACCUGCUCAACGACCUCUACACGCUGUUCGACGCCAUCAUCGGGAACCACGACGUCUACAAGGUGGAGACGAUCGGAGACGCGUACAUGGUGGCGUCCGGCGUGCCCGUCCCAAACGGAAACCGUCACGCGGCCGAGAUCGCCAACAUGUCCCUGGACAUCCUGAGCGCCGUGGGGUCGUUCAAGAUGAGGCACAUGCCCGACGUGCCCGUGAGGAUCCGCAUCGGGCUGCACACGGGCUCGUGCGUGGCGGGGGUGGUGGGGCUCACGAUGCCGCGGUACUGCCUGUUCGGAGACACGGUGACCACGGCGUCUCGGAUGGAGUCCACCGGGAUGCCGUACAGGAUCCACGUUCACCAGAGCACCGUCAGGGUCCUGGAGGAGCUCAGCCUCGGGUACAAACUGGUUCUGAGGGGACGCACGGAAGUCAGGGGCAAAGGCAUCGAGGAGACGUACUGGCUCACAGGAAGAACCGGCUUCACCAAACCUCUGCCCGUCCCCCCCGAGCUCAAGACAGGACGUGCCUGCAGCGUGGUCACUUCUCAGAGGAACAUGAAGCAUGUGUUUCACAAAGCGGUGAAGAUGAUCUCACACGUGCGAGUGGUGACGCAGCUGUACGGCCACGAGGAGGAGCCCAACGUCAUGAUGGCACAUCACUGA